AUGACUUCCUUCCUGCCGUCACCAGCGGAUCUUCUCAUGGCCUUGCCGCGCCUCUUCGACAAGGCCAGCUCGCUCGGUGACAUGAUGCGCUCCGGUGGCAGCGUCAUUGCCGAGCCGACCAUGGUGAAUGCCACCAACGCUACCGCCGCGACUGUCUCGAGCAGAUUCGUGCAGGAGUCGGUAGCGGCGGCGGCGGCGGCGGCGGCGGCGGCGGCAUCAGCGUCUGGGUCGCAGGAUGACAUCAGCAUGUUCCAGGCAUUCAAGAACGUGGCCAGCUUCUUCAGCUACAUGACAUCCAAGUGGGCCAUUGCGACGUUUGCUAUCGCCAUCCUCCUCAACAGGACCCAGUUCUACGCCUCUAGCCGCGUCCCGCUCUCCUUCGACCGCUUCCACGUACGCCUCGCCAUCUACAUCGCCCCUCUUGUCCUGUUUGCCCUGCAGAACCUCAACAUGGUUCGCGCUAUACGAUGUCAGACGUCCCCAGACUGGUCAGAGAUGCAAUAUGGGUCUGCAGGAAGGUACCUGAGCACAGACUUCAGUGAAGCAGAAGGCUAUCUACACCGCGCUGCUUCCAGCUUCCUGUUCUGGGAGCGUACCACAGACUCGUGUCGAGCUGUUGGCAUGCUCCCUGCUGCUGCCGACACUACGCGGAGCAAUGGAUCACUCGCUCUGCUUUGGCCCCUAUUCAUGUCAUUGGGCUUUGGCCAGUUCGUUGACACGUUGUCUUGCGCUCUUCAAGGUCGUCCCCCUGUCCAGGAGGUUGGCAUGGCAAUCUUUGAGCAUUCCCUGGCCUUCGCUGAAGCCGAGGCUGUUGUCACCAAGCCUUUGACUGUCAACCCUACGCGUUUCAACCAGCCGAAGAAUGUUCUGGUGCCGAAUCGAACUUUCGUCUCGGUCUCGCGUUCCGGGCUCAACAGAAUCGCAAACGUACCUCCCGAGGUUCUCCUAUUAUCGCUCAUCUCCAGUGUCAGCCAUUUCACUAGCAAUUUGUUGGCCAUUGCUGGAGUUCGCUCCCGAUACCGUUUGGUGACGACUGCCGUGUGGGGCGUAGCCUACAUGGCCACUUUUAUCUGGAGCUUCGUGCGACUGACGGAAGCUGUCGCGGAGUCUGACAACCCAGUCGGUCUGCUACGAUUCCCCACUGUUUGUAUCAUCGGGUUCAUUCCUCAUCUGCUGAUCAUGAUUGGCGUCGCCACCUGUGGGCUGAUCUAUAUCCUGGCCUUCUUUGUUACCGUGCUGGCUCCUCCACCGGGUCAACCAGAGACGAUGACUUGGAGAGAACGAUUUGAAGUUGCCUACAACAAUCUGCAUGCCAACAUACACCUGUCAUCGAUAGCGCCGCUUACGAUAAGCUGGCACGAGGACUUCUAUACCGCAAUCCUCAAAGUCGGCUUUACGGUUCUAACUGCUGCGAGUGAGGCCGUGUUUCUCAACGAAGGCAUUCGAAUCAACGUCCAUUCUAUGACUUUUCUUGAGAAGAAGAGAUUGAAGGAAGUACUCGAUCGCCGACGUCAAUUCAGGCAAACCCUGACGAACAUACCCGAGGAGCUGAAGGGAGAGUCUCUAGCUGCGGGCGUCGAGAUCGAAGACGAAGUAAACAACCAUGGCUCAGUCGAAGCUACUGCAUCUGGUUAUGCACGAGAGCGGAAGACACGAAGCGCGAACGCUGCGCCCAUGGCCGCCAGUGCGGCGUCGCAUGGCGAUCCAGUUGGGCUUCAGCAAAGAAGAGGACGCUUUUAUCUUACCUGGCAAUUCUUCAGGGGUAUCGCGAGGUUGCUCAUGCUUAUCCAUGCUAGACUGACUAUCGCAAUGUUGCAGAGGCUAAGGGUGGGAUACCGUCCAAGGUGGCUCAGGCGCUUUGCUGGUCCUCGUCCGGUCAAAGAGUCGCGAACUUCUUCGUCAUUGCACAAGGACAGACAGCGCAGCGCAGCAUCAGUAGACUCGUGGCUGACACUAGACGACCGAACCCGCGUACGUCUUGACGCUCAGUUCGACGCGGAAGCGUUCGCCAAGAACCGGCUUCGUCAAACAGGCUUUUUGGACGCGCCAGACGCAGGAGAGGCUGACGAACGCAUCGAUGACUACAUGUACUCGUGGUGGCGCAAUGGUGGCCGCUUUGGCGAUGUGGACACUAGCAACGACUAUGUUCCGCCUCAGGAGGACGAUGCGACAAGCGUUGUAUCUUAUGCUACCACCGACCAUGACGACUGGUCGGAUGUCGAGGAUGAUGGGCAACGAACACCCACUCGGGACUCUUACCAGCGCAGUCGAGAGGCGACACCGGCAGCGGACAACGCCAUCGACCUAUCGCGCCUCUCGCGCCUUCUCGACCCCAAGUCGAAGGAGGACCGCGAAGAAGCGCAGCUGCUGUCUCGCCAUCUUCAAAGCCCGCAGAUUAUGACACGCUCUCGAUACCGCAAAGCCCUCGAUCAAGACCAGGCCAGGAUCCUGACAACGUCUCGAUACCAGCUUGAACCAUCGGCCAACAUGACACCAGAAGAGGAGGAGCAACUGUUAGAAGAUCUCAUUCUCAGUAAGAGGCAAGCUACUGCUCCUCAGGGGUCUUCGGGUACAGCGGGUAGUUGGGACACUGGAGCUGAGGGCAUGGGCUCCGAAGGACCUCAGUGCGUUGUGUGCCAGCUCACGCCUAGGACUGUACUCGUGUGGCCCUGUGGAUGUCUGUCGCUCUGUGACGAGUGUCGUGUGGGAUUGGCAAGCAAGAACUAUACGACAUGCGUGUGCUGUCGGACAAAGGUAGUUGCGUACUCUAGGUUGUACGUGCCAUGA